AUGGAGGAUAGGCUGUGGAUGAUUUUUGAGGCUUUGACGAUAGAGCCAGUUAUGAGCUUGCGAUGUGACAUUAUAACAAGGCGCAUCAGGGCUGUCAUUGCUUCGUUCAGAUUCCAUAUCACCUCUAACAUGGCGACUAAGCCUAAUAAACAAGACAAUGUCAUUAAGUACUCAUCGUUGUUGGUUCUUGUUCUGCAGAACACCUCCUUGGUGUUGUUUAUGCGAUAUGCUAUGACUGGAAACAGACCAAGAUUUCUCAAAGCUAUCUCGGUCUUUUUCGCCGAAAUAUUCAAAUUUGUCGCCAGUGUCGUGCUUGUCUGUUUACAGGAGCGGAGCAUCAGAACGGGUGUAGCACAAAUUUAUGAUCAAUUUGUAAAUCACUGGCAAGAUUUCCUUAGAGUCUUGGUGCCAGCUGUGAUUUAUACUAUUCAAAAUUUUCUUUUAUACGUUGCUGUUGAGAAUCUGCCUGCGGCUACUUAUAUGGUCACUUAUCAAUUGAAAAUCUUGACUACUGCCGUAUUUACUGUGUUGGUAUUGCACCGAAAGCUAUCCAUCCAACAAUGGAUCUCAUUGUUUUUCCUCUUUGGCGGUGUAGCCAUUGUACAGUAUGACCAGAAAAUGUCGAACGAUCGUGAGAAAGCAGAACGUCUGGCUGCAAUUGCCUCUGCUUCCACUAUUGCACCGGAACUGCCUACUUCAAUGCCCACAAUUGAGGAUGCUUUCACAAAGCUCAUGGCCUCUGCUGCUGACGCUUUCAAUGCUACUAUCGCCCCACCCGAAAGCCACAUAAGAACAAAGAGGGAAGUCCACGAGCAGAACUCGAUCAUAGGUUUCAUUGCUGUACUUGUUGCUUGUUGUAUGUCCGGAUUUGCUGGCAUCUACUUCGAGAAGAUUUUGAAGGGAUCCAAUGUUUCCAUAUGGAUUCGAAAUAUCCAACUAGCUCUGCCAUCCAUCUUCUUUGCCUUGUUUUUUGCCUUUGUAAAAGAUAAUAAAGAAAUCUUCGCGGAUGGAGGAGCACCAUCAGCUAUCUGGAACCGAAUGCUUUACGGAUUUGAUUGGGCAGUAUGGGUCACCAUUGCAAUUUCCGCCUUUGGAGGACUCGUCGUAGCUGUUGUAAUCAAGUUUGCUGACAAUAUUUUGAAAGCGUUUGCUACCUCAUUUGCCAUUGUUCUGAACUGUAUCCUUGCUUACUUCCUAUUCAACUUCCGACCCACGAUGUUCUUCGUCGUUGGAGCCUGUUUCGUCAUUGGAGCGGUAUUCGUCUACAGCAUAUAUCCAUACCGAGUACGCCAUGAACCGCUUCCAACAGAUGAAGAGAUGGCGAACAUGAAGGAGAAAGACAUGGCCAGAGAAACAGCCUAGUGUGGGUGAAGAACAGUCAUCUAGUUCCCAAAGUGCUGAACAGCAUUCUCUCUCCUUGCUAGGAUUGAAACUUAUGAUUAGUGAAAGAUAGAGUUUUUCACCUUUAAGCUCUGUAUUUUCGGGUUUCCAUUUCUGAAUCCUCAUUUGGAGCUGUCAAAAUCCUUUCAAUAUUGAAUCAUAUUUUUCCUGCAUACUUUCACAAAAGAUUUUCGCUGUUAUAGAUUCCGGUUCGACACCUACUGUCCUUCGGUGGUUAAUCAUUUAACGUGCCAAAAAAGCUAAUUCCUAUCAUGGUACUUCUCACUUUCGAUAUCAUUAGCCUUCACGUUUGUUCAAUGUGCUUCUUGAGUAACCUCAUUCUGUCAGGUGACAGAUGUAUACAGGAUAUGUUAUUUGUUCAGAAAUAUCAGGAGUUGUAAACCAAACAUUCUUCUGAAUAAAUUCUAAAGAAGAUUGUAAUCUAUCGAUGCAUAGGACAAACGGAUAACAACUUUGAUUUAUUAUAUUUUUUCGAGAGGUGUCUUGAAAAGUAGUGCGAGGCUGGUAUCAAUAAACUCCUGUAC